AUACGUGCCCAUUGGCACACCUAAAAGCAAAAAAAGCAAAAAAAAAAAGAACAAGAAGAAGUUAUACAUAUUUCACCAAUACCACAUUAAAGGAGAAUACACUCACGCUGCUCAGAAAACCUCAAAGGAGCGUUACCUACGAACUGGUUGGAAAAACAGCACCUAAACCAGUAGGACCACUAUUAGAGUAAUAUCCUGAUUCGGCUAAGGUACAGCUAACCUACUGUUUGUUCUUAAAAUAUAAUCGACUGCAUUUGAACCUAAACAAUUAUUAAGAAGUAAAAAUGGCAGAUGAUAAUAUAAUGAGUAAAUUUUACACAUGCCUCAAUUUGUCGUUACAUGAAAGAAUUAAAGAAUUGACCAAAAUCAUAGAUCAAUCAGGUUCACACAAGGAUCUCCAAGCGUUAUUCCCACAACUGAUAAAUAAUAUCUUCGCACCAUCGCUUCAAAAUGGAUGGGGUAUACGACAUGUUACAUUUGAGCGGAACAGACAUGAGUUUAACCUGUUACUAGGUUUCCUGGAACCCCAUGGCCCAAUGUUUCGCUUGUGCUACAAGCUACUGUUGGAUCCUCAGUUAAAAUAUUAUCUACCAUUAAAUAUUUUACCAUUACAAUUGCAAAUGACACUUGAAAGAGGUAGAUGUCCACAGUUCUAUGCUGAUUUAAUAACUAUGGAUUCUCAGGCAUUGAAUGUUGUAGCUUUAGCCCUAAAUCCAUUUGAUUACUAUAUUUUCUACUUUGCAUUAUAUCUGGUAAAUAAUAAUCAAAGCAAAGAUUGGGACAACUGGAAUAGUGUAUAUUUUGCACUGGCCUGUGAUUAUCUUAUGCAUUUCCUGCCAUGUGAUCCCAAUGUUCCUGUUUCACCAAACAUAUCUUAUUACACAGGAAAAGUUUCUAUGAUUGCUCCGCUACAAACAGCACACAGGCCUUUAUCUUCACCAUCAUUACUAGUAAUAUCGGACUUAUCAGGCAUAAGUAAUCAACGAGCUUCCUCUCAAACUCAAUCCAGGAAUGAGAUUUGGAGAUCAGAAACAGUUUUACAAAUAUUUAUUGACACUUGGAUGAGUGUAGAAUCCUUUAACAAUACUAAUCUUGAGAUUUAUCAAAGGAAUUAUUCAGCUGUAACAUCAAGCCAAGAACGAGUGAGAAUUGUACGGGUCUUAGUUAAACACAUUCAUUCUUUUUCUGCAAAGUAUAAUACUGACCCAACUGCAUCAUCUGCCCUUAGAAAAUAUGCUAGGCAAAUCAUGUGCUCGCGAGCUUAUCACUAUGUAAAACAUUUAGUUACAACUUGGCCAUUGGAUGCUUCAUUCAGGCUUGUAUUGGAAUUGUGGCUCAGUCUUAUUCAACCAUGGAGAUAUACAGAUAACACAAUAAAUCAGUACAGGUUCCCAGGAGCACAAAGAAACCCCGAAGAAGGCAAUGCAAACAUGCUGGACGAAAGCUUUACACAAUUUCUAGCAGAGAAUUUUCCAACAUACACAUGUAUUUUUCAAUUAGUUAUACCUCGAUUUAUGAGGUUAGAUAUCUCAGUGUACAGAAAUGCUGUCAUGCUGUUUAGGCUGGGAAAGGUGUUCGCCCAACCACAUUUGGUUCCCAUGUUGUUGAAUCUUGAGAGAGCGAUCACUGAUAAUGUUUCCGGAAGCCCUGACAACAGCCAUAACAAUUCUAACUUAGAUCAAAGUUACACAUAUAACGGCGUUGCUCUAAACAAAUGGGUAUCGAUAGCGAAACAAGCCAUAUCAGAAUUGAACAUGACAGCUACAUUUGAGUAUGAUCCUGUCUGGAGUGAAAACAAGAGAGAGUUCAUAAUGGAAUUUGUGAAACGGAUCCUCGCUUCCAAGCAUGCGGCUGAUAAAAAUAUAGAAGAAUGCACCGCUAAACUAAAUCAGCAAAGUCAAGGAUUAUGGAAUGCUACUAAACUGUGGUUAAUGAUGGGAAACACGAUGGAAGACUCAGUGUUAUUAGAGGAAUAUAAAAAAAUUCCCAUCUAUUUGACCAGUUGCGUCAAUUAUUUUAUUACUAUUUUUGGGUUAAAUGGAAAUAUGCUGCUACCUCUUGAGGCUGAAAUUUUGGAAGAUUCUGUUGAACAUUCAUCGUUUGCGAAUUCACAUAACUUUACUCUAUCUAUCGCACAGAAACUGCGUAAUAAACCGACUGGAAUUCAGUACAUGGGUGACCCAGAACUCAUGCCCAUAAUGUCAUAUGAGAAUACAAUUUUAGUUAGAAUACUAUAUCAAAUAUCUACAAGACUAAAUGAGUUGUAUGGUGAAGAAUUUUCAAGACUAUGGACAAGAAACGAUUUUUGGGGUUUCGUGGCGCGAGAAGUAUUACAAAAACCAACAACCAUUCAACUCUAUGUAAAAGACUCAAGCUACCAACAAAGCGUAGUUAACGAAGAACUACCCGCGCGAUUGUCUCUCCGAAGUCUGGGGUCAUACGUGUUUGUUAUUUGGAUUAGUCUUGGCUAUAUCAUCUUUAGAAUGUUCUCCCAUAGUGGAAUAUUUUAUCUCUUUUUCCUCAUAACUGUGUGGUCUUUAAUUGUUUUAUCGAAAGUAUCAUUGAAAAGAUUAAAAAUCAUGAAUGAUUGAUUUAACAUAAACUAUAAAUAUUAAUAACUAUUGAUUUAACAUAAAUGUCAUAUUUUAAAUCAUGA